AUGCAGUUCAAGCUAGGAGCUAGCUUGGCAGUCCUGGCCGUCAGCCAUGUGGCAGUGGCAGCUCUCACACAGAUAACAAAUGAUGAGAUGAGCUCCCUCCUCGAUGCCGGUGGUUUAGAUCUAGCAGACCGCUACGCGCCCAUCUGGUUCUUUGGGCAAGCCCAGAACCAGCCACCCUGCUAUCCAACCUGGGCGUACAGCGGCUCACCGGAUACAUCGGAUGUCUACGAUGCUGCCCACAAGACACCGGCCGCGGCACAGUGUGAUUACCCAGAUGUCGGGUGCAAUUGUCGCAACCCUGGCGUUGGUAUCCGAAAUGAGGGACCUGCAUUUCCCGUUUACUAUACAUACCGACAAUGCAACGAAACCGAGAUUCGCGUCGUGUAUAAUCUCUUUUACGAGAAAGACGGCGCAAAUUUUGCUGGCAUCAACACUGGGCAUGACUAUGACUGGGAACGAGUGGUGAUCAUCCACUCUCGGGAUAGCGACAACAUGUGGGCACCAUCACGCGCCCUGCUUUCUGCGCAUAGCGGGUACCACAACCUGGCCUGGGGCGAUAUCCAAAACACCCUUACGACCGACGAGAUCAAUGCCGGAGAUGCCAAAACCCCGAACGGUGUAAAGGGGAAUGAUCACCCCAAGGUGUAUGUGUCGUGGUCGAAGCAUGCUCACUUCGAUACUCGCAAUACCGGCUGGAACGAUCCGGCGAGUCAAUCACUGGAUACUGCAUUCCGGAGUGAUGAUUGGUGGUACUCCGUCAAUCCACAGUACUAUAUUCGAGCGGAUGAUAGUACGGAGGCUGGUAAGGUUAUCGGCGCUGCUGAUUGGGGUAGCGCAAGCAGUGAUCCGGUGUCGGUGCAGGAUGGUGUAUGCGCGGCUUCAUAG